AAAUUUUUGGCCUGGGAAUUUUCUGGAGCUUUUUCUCGUUCUGACCGUCAAGGAAUUCGCCAGCAACAAACCCGCCAACAUCGCUAUCCCAUAGUCCUCAGGGCGAGCCAACGCAAGGAACCCUGAAACAUCCAUCUUCACCGUCUUUUAUCCUCCGACGAAACUCCCGUUAUCCUCGACAAUGUCUGCCGAUUCUAGCGCCGCCUGGCCUCUGGCCGACCAGAAGCUCGAGCAGGAGCUUCUCGAUCUUGUCCAGUCCUCUCAGCACGCCCGUCAGCUGAAGAAGGGCGCCAACGAGGCCACCAAGACCCUGAACCGAGGUGUCUCUGAGAUUGUCAUCCUCGCCGCCGAUACCCAGCCUUUGGCUAUUCUCCUCCACCUGCCUCUUCUCUGCGAGGACAAGAACGUCCCCUACGUCUACGUCAGCAGCAAGAUGCACCUUGGCCGAGCUUGCGGUGUCAGCCGCGCCGUCAUUGCGGCCAGCAUCACCAGCAACGAUGCCAGCGAGUUGGCCGGCCAGAUCCGGGCCAUGCGCGACAAGGUCGAGCGCCUCGCCAUCUAAGAUACCCAGCGCAGUGGAGGAAAAAGAUGCGAUGCAUGGGCGGCGCUCCUGGUUGCCAUUUGAUCUGUUUUUGGUUCGACGGUGUCCGCAAAUGGGGCGAUUUUGGUAAUUUUGUAGACUGAAGCCGUCCGGAUGCAACCCAAAAAAUAUAUAUCAAGAUGAAAUAUGGCCAUGUCUUUGCCCACCGACCGCGCAUCUGGAAGCAUGCAGUGUCCUCCGUAUAAAUACAGCCCUUGCGAACUCGGACUUGGCGGCGAGUGUAGAGGGCGUGGGCUGCGUCCCUCGGCCUGAUAGGUCUAGCGAUGACGUCUGCUCCACCAAUAUGGUCGGUCGGUCAUUAAGCGCCGCAGUCGCAUUGGGCAUUUUCUGGAGCUGGCGAUGGAGCUGACC